GACAGGGCCCGCGGCAUCCCCGCCGUUCCUGGUCUUAAGACCGGAUGUUUCGGGUUUCUUGUUUAUACUUCGGAGCCGGCCGCGGAGGCUUCUCUGCUGGCAGCGCCGGGUCGAUGGGGGGGUCCCCCCGAAGGUUCUUGUUGACCUAACAUGUGCUUCAGAGGGGACCAAGAAGUACAAAGAAGCCACUGAGCUGGUCUUGUGAGAGAGAAGUCCGAUAAUUGCUGACUUCGCUGAGCUGCAAAAUGGAGACACAGAAGCUGUUGACCCCAGUGACUGGCUAUGGGUCUCAGGAUGGAGAUACAAGAUCUGGCUUAGGCCCUGCUUCCUUUCAACCAGAAGAAGAGGAACUCCGCAGGCGCCUCAAGUACUUCUUUAUGAGCCCCUGUGAUAAGUUCCGUGCCAAAGGCAGGAAGCCAUUCAAGCUGGUUCUUCAAGUGGUCAAGAUCUUAAUAGUCACCAUCCAGCUUGUACUUUUUGGGCUCAGCAAUCAGAUGGUGGUAACUUUCAAAGAAGAGAACACAAUUACAUUCAAACACCUCUUCCUGAAGGACUAUGCAGAUGGAUCAGAUGAGACUCACGCGGUCUAUACCCAGGCAGAUGUCUACGACCACAUCUUCUAUGCAGUGGACAAGUACUUGGCCAUUCCAAAUGAAACAAUCGGACGUUAUGCCUAUGUGCGCACGCACAGUGCUAACCAGUCGGCACUCAUGCUCUGCCAGCAAUACUACCGCAAAGGGAGUAUUGACCCAGCCAAUGACACCUUCAACAUUGACCCCAAGGUCAUCACAGAAGCUUUCUCCUCUGCCUGGCAUAAUCAGGCUGUUAUGUAAGUUAAUGAAAGGUUAUGAUGGAGCGUUCUACACCUUGUCUCUUGCAGGCUCAUUAAUGUCACCAUCCAGUUCAAGCUGAAAGCCAUCAACAUUCAAACAAUAAUCAACAAUGAGAUUCCAGACUGCUACACUUUUUCUAUCACAAUCACGUUUGACAACAAAGCACACAGUGGCCGAGUGAAGAUCCACUUGGACAACAAAGUGGACAUCCAGGAAUGCAAAGACCCGAGUACUUUUUGGAAAGUGACAUCCUCCAUUAGGAGAGACAACCGUUUCCGGAUGUUCUUUGAUGUGGUUGUGCUCCUCGUCUGCGUGCUGUCCUUCGUCUUGUGUUCCCGCUCAAUCAUAAGGGGGCUUCUGCUGCAGCUUGAGUUCGGCCAGUUCUUCCAGCGCCGCUACAACCAAAAUAUCUGCUUUUCGGACCGCAUGGAGUUUGUGAACGGCUGGUACAUCUUGCUGGUGAUGAGCGACAUCUUGACUAUCUCUGGGACUGUCAUGAAGAUUGGGAUUGAGUCUAAGAACUUCGCCAACUAUGAUGUGUGUGGCAUCCUCUUGGGCACCUCAACGCUCUUGGUCUGGGUUGGAGUCAUGCGUUACCUCAGCUUCUUCCAAAAGUACAAUAUCCUCAUUGUCACUAUGCGGGUUGCCUUCCCCAAUGUCAUCCGCUUCUGUUGCUGUGUGGCAGUCAUCUACCUGGGCUACUGCUUCUGUGGCUGGAUUGUGCUGGGACCCUACCAUGUUAAGUUCCGCACGCUCUCCAUGGUGUCAGAGUGCCUUUUCUCCCUAAUCAAUGGAGACGACAUGUUUGUGACCUUUGCCUCCAUGCAGCAGAGCAGCUACUUGGUGUGGCUUUUCAGCCAGCUCUAUCUGUACACCUUCAUCAGUCUCUUCAUCUACAUGGUGCUCAGCCUCUUCAUUGCUCUCAUCACUGGCUCCUAUGAGACCAUCAAGCAUCAGUGUGAGGGAGAAGCCACCGUCACACUGCUCCAUGCCUAUAUAGCAGAGUGCAAGGACAGUCCCAAAUCGGGCAAAUUCCGCAGGGAGAGUACUUCCUCAUGCUCCAUCUUCUGCUGCUGUGAGCGAACCCCACUGCAGGAGAAUGUGCUGGUGGUGAAUUGAAAAUGAAGGGCUGCCUUCUCUUCCUUGUCGGUGGGCUGCCUGGAUGUGGCCUGUUCUGUGACUGAGGAAAGCAGUUGCCACUCAUGUUGCCUUCGAAUGCCAGUUCCACUGAGAGCUGCAUCAAGAGACACCAGGGGAUGGGAGGGAUGGGAGAGGGAGUUUUAAAAACAACCAGCCUUUAGUUGGGCAGUAUUGGACAAUGCUGAAAUUGCUGCUGUGUGUACCACCAUUCUCAGGCUGUGUGGGCUGAGAGGUUUGCUAAAGAUCUGCAGCGAAGAAUGCAGUUUUUAAAGGUUUAUUUUUAGAAGAAAACAAGACUUGCAUAGAGACAUGUGGAAAAAAUAAGUCAAGGCAAAACUCUAAAUGUGGCAUUUGAGGGGCCUUCAAGGUAUGCAGAUUGCCUAUCGGUGCUCUAUUUGCUUCAGAACGAUGGACACAAAGGUUUUCCUCUCUUAGCUGAGGUCCAAAUGGAACAUGUUCCUAAAAUAUUAGUUUGAUAAAUGACAAGAAUGUGGCAGGUUUGGGAUGAUGUGGAAUGAAAAUUAACAAAGCCGUUUAUUUAUUGGUGGGUGGGCGGACUGCUUUUAAGUACUAAGCUGAAAGACAAGGUCUCUCAAGCCUCAUGACUCACUCUUGAAUUCAGCUAGAGUACCCUUGCUUUCUUCUACUACCCAGUUUUGAAGAUGUCUCCUUCAAAUAACCUGGUUUAGAAAGAAUCCUGUUCUAGAUUAAGCAGCCAUGCCAGCCUAGCACUGGUACAUUUCUUUCUAUCCUACAGGCGUUAAUGCUGGCCAGUUCCUCUGGCAGGAACAACUGGACUCAGCAUGGCUUAUUUUUUAAUCAUGUACUGAUAAAUCACUUUCCCUUCCUCACACUUUGUCCCAGAUGCCACAGUGGAAGAUUGUGGCAUAUUCAGUGUUCAAGCAUAGAAGGAAAAGAUGGGCACCCUUGGAUGGAUUGUGAGUGUGGGUUGGCCAAUACUGGUGGUUCCACCCACCCACCCCAGCAUCUACCAUGGACCUUUUUUAGGAGGAUAGACUAUACCGCCUUCGGAAGGUGCAAGCAUGGAAUUGACAGCAAAGCAUGGAAAUAGAGCUUUGGUACAAAGACGUCACAAUUCUCACUGCCUCCCUGGGAUUUUUUGGCUCCUCAUCUGGGCCUGUCCCAGAGCUAACCCUGGGCAAAAAUGCAGUCCUCUGGCUAUUGUCAGACUACAGCUCCCAUAAUCCAUAGCAAGCGUAGCCCGUGGUGAGGAAUGUGAAAUGGGGGCGGAGGGCUGGAACUGAACAGCAUAUGGAGGACAGGACUUUGCCCAUCCAUCUCUGCUGUAGGUGAAUCCUGGGGCUGGCCUUAGCUUGAAGCACUUGAGCCCCUCUAGAUAUCAUCUGGACACAAUUCCUCCCUUCUGCUUGUGCCUUUUUCAGAAAUAAGCUCCGUUCCAGAGGAUGAGAGGCAUUUUGAGAGUUCAGAUGCAGAAAUGUCUGUGCCCUAGGUUUAGGAUUUGCCUUACUGGGACAGGAUGUUCAUUUCUGCUAGAUGAACGUUAGGUGGCCAAAAUGCUCUAUCAGUUGACCACAAAUAUUGCUAAAUAAUGGCCAAUUAUUUUUAAGACGUUAAUUUUGUAGAAAUAGAACAAAAGGCGUUGACCUAGCUACUUCUGUUGUUGGGACAAUUUAUGAAAUGAUUAUGUGCAAUUCUGAACUACUGAAAUCGGUUAUUUAUAGCUAACAGUGUUAUUCAGAUAUACUGUAAAAGUAUGAGAAAAAUAGUGAAGAGGUUAAACAGUUCCUUUUAUCCAGAACAAGGUUGGUCCAAGCAGUUACAAAUGUGUGUGUGUGUUUACACUGUUCUGCAUUGUUGUAUCCCCAUUCUCCCUUUAUCUGAUGACAACACUAUCUACCGUUGGGCAGACAUCAGUCUUUUCCCUAACCCAUUUUAACCCAAUUGCAAAUAUUGCCCCUCAAAUGUCAAAGGAUGGUAUUGGCUAUUCAAACAUACUCACUUCCCAUAACUGGCCUGAAAAAUAAGAGGAACAUUGGAAAUAAACAUUGAUAUGUUAA